AUGGGGAUGGUAGCUGGAGAGGAGAGAAGGUUCCGACUCACACGAUCGUACGCGAGCAUCGACUAUCUGGAGUUGGUCAUGCCUCGUUAUGCAAUCAGAGGCGGCGACGUGAUAUUGAAAUGCAAUCACAGCGUGCCGCCGGAGCAGCUGUACAAAGUCGAAUGGCAGAAGGCGGGCACCAAGAUCUUCCAGUACAUCAAGGGUCGCAGUCCCCCAUUCAGAUUCUUCACCACAAGUGGCGCCGAGCUGAACAAGAACUACAGCAACGAGAAGCAACUGCAACUGUCUAAACUGGACUUCUCAGCUUCCGGUCUAUACUCGUGCGUGGUUUCCAUGGAGACGCCUAUCUUCAGCAAGGAUUCGGAAAGCCACAUGUUGACCGUAAUAGAGCCGCAGAACCGUGACCCCAUAGUGACAUUCAACAAAGGAACCUACGAAAUAGGUGAAAUCCUUCUAGCCAACUGCACCACUGCACCUGCAAGACCACCACCGCAUAUAACCUGGUUAAUUAACGGGGAAAAGGUAAUAUUUUGUGAAUCCAGUUUCGAACAUUUAAUUUUCUCUGAGAAAAAGCGAAAGAAAUAUGUAACGG